CAAAAGCAAGAUUAGACUACAAAUACAAAUUACAAUGCUUAAAAUUUUACUUGUUCAAUUUUGACCUGAACGUGAAACAGAAGUCGAUCUAGCUAGACUAGCAAGCUGGUUAACUGAAGCAGUGUAAAAAGAAGAUUCAGGAAGAUUUACCAAAGAAUUUUAGCUCGGUCUGUAGGAUUCAUAAGGCUCUCAAUCCUCUGACAAAAAUCAAAAUUUAAGUGACCUGAACAUAUUCUGCAAUAGAGUACUUUUGGAAAGCAGGAAAAAUGAACAAUCCAAAAAGUACUGGAAGUGGUGGAGUACCUGUAGUUAAAACUGAUGCUUCUGCAGGCAAAUUCUGGGUUCCUAAAGGAUUAUCGAAAGAUCAGCUGGAGAAAACCAGAUUUGAAGUGUGGCUUGAGCCUUUGGAAGACAUGUGGGAAGAGCAGAAGAAGAAGGAAGUAUGCCAGACGUUCCACGAAGCCCUGUCUUCCAUGGAUCGCCGAGUUCAUCAUUCCUUUGUGUUGGACCUGGUAGAUCAUAGUCGGGAUCUGCGCAAGAGAAAGCCAGAUACACUGGCAUUUCUGAUCUUGAGGGAGUUUGAUACCAUGCUCAGUGUCAAGAAAAUGACCGAAGAGGAAUUGACCAGAAUCCUUACCCCAGAGCUGAGGAUGCAAGCGUUUCACCUGGCAGCCAGUGCUCACUCCAACGUCUUUGAUAUCCUGUCCAAGCUCUACUACCUGCAAGGACCAGACAACUCUUUCCUGGUGUCUAGAGUCAGGGUCAUGCUGGCAAGGCAACAGUUCAAAGAGGCUGCUACGUGUGUGACAAAAGUGAACCUUCAUAAUUGCUUUUCAUUGGAGGAUAUCUGCCUACCUCUCAUCUUUCAAGACAAAGCUAACAUGGUAGAGAGAUAUGUCCAAGGUUUCCCCGAAUUGCAAGAAGCUCUCGUACGACAACUGGAUGUUUUCUGUGAGCAGGGCUAUGAUAUAAAUGCAUAUCUGAGUGAGAUGACAAUCAGUGUCCCAGGGGUGAGGGUUGAGAAGCUAAGGAGACGUCACAUGACCAAGCUUAUACUCCGACUGGUCAAGAUGUUCAAACUGGACAUGUCGAUCUGUCCCAACACUGCCAAGUCCAAAGACCUAGGUGCCAUCAAGUACCUCAUUCAUAAGAGGUAUAUCGAGGAGUCCAUGGCGCAAGAUGUAUGGGAAGAGCUUAUAGUCUCCACCAUUGGAGAUAACAAAUCCGUCCAGGUUGGUUUCAUUGACCAACUAGUAUGGUACAAUGAUAUCCCUGCAGCCGCUCGCUGGGCAAGGCAUUAUGAAAUAGAUGUCAAUCAACUACCUGAGGCUGUCUUCGAGGAACUGCAGAGGUCCGAUGCCAGCAAUGCUGCUUGUGAAGAACAAGAUGUAGGAGAGAAUUGGGAUGAAGAGUUGCCAGAUGCUCCUACUGUUGAUUAUUAUCCCCUCAGUCUACCAGGGGAAAGGAUCAUUCUAGUCUCCACGGCGACUGGUAUACAACAGUGCCUUGCAGACAUCACUAGUAAGCAAAAUCCAAUGGUAGGAAUUGACAUGGAAUGGAGACCUUCAUUCAGCCCAACACAGAAAUCAAAGGUAGCCCUGUGCCAGAUUGCAACCCAUGAGACAGCCUACCUACUAGACAUGACAGCCUUGUGGGUAUCAGAAACCAAGGAUAUUGUCAAGGAUUUCUUUCAACAGUUGUUACAGUCUGAGGAAAUCCUUAAACUUGGCUUUGAAAUAUCAGGAGAUUACAAGAUGCUAGGCCAGUCCUUUCCAGAACUCCAGGAAGUUCUAAAGGGAGAGAAGAGGACUGUGGACCUCAAUGGAUUAGGCAAACAGAUCCUCAAGGAGAUUCCACGCUCUGGGAACAGUAGGAUCGGUUCUCAUGGAUUGACAGACCUAGUCCACUAUUGCUUCGGGAAGUACCUUGAUAAGAGGGACAGGAUCUCUGACUGGGAAAGGCGCCCUCUGAGACAGGCCCAAAUGACAUAUGCUGCCCUGGAUGCUUUCUGUUUGUUAGAGGUCUAUGCUUAUCUCAAAGAGAAAGUAUCCUACCAUGGCCUUCAGAUUAACAUGGAACAAUGCAACUCUAGCAAGACAAACAAGAAGUCCAAAUCCAAGGCCAAACCCAAACUAAGCAAGUCACCCAAAAAGAAGCCUUCAUUUUCUGAAGCUUUAAACCAGCCUCCUCCUCCUCCUAUAUCAGCGGGUCAACUGGCCGUGGUAUGCGACAACAUGCUCCAAGGGUUAGGGCGCCAUCUACGGUCAUGUGGAGUGGAUGUGAAAGUGCUUGAUAAUGAUGAUGAACAUGAUGAAGCCCUCCAGAUUUCACUGAAAGAGGGCCGUGCUAUCUUGACAGCUGGACAGCCAUAUAUCCAGCUAAAGUCAAAAGUGGAUGAUGGUAAAAUCAUGUGUGUCCAAACUCAGAAGAAGGCCAAGAAUCAGGUUCAAGAUGUUUUAGACUUCUUCAACGUGACGGUCACUCCCGCAGAUAUCUUCAGUCGAUGCCAGCUGUGCAAUGGAAAUGUCUAUGCCAAGGUUACCAACCCUGAAAUGAGGCAACUCUGGCUUCAUAAGCAAACUCUCUUAGGGAAAUCACGCCAUGCCGACAAGGACGACGACAAAGACGUUUGUGGAAACUUUGAGGAUGUGAUGAUAACGGGGGAUGACGAUUACGAAGAUGAGGAAGACGAACUGCGUUACAUGCGUCCUACAAAGCAGUCUUCAGACUCUGGAAAGACAUCGUCUGCAACGGAUCAAGCACAGGGUGUUGCAAGUCAGCCCAUCAUUGUAGGAAAUCCAUACGGGUAUCUGACAUCUCAUGCCAGCAACCAAGACAGAUCAACGACGGUCGCAGAUUCGUCUUCCGACUUCGAUCCGACGUCGGUGUGCACAGGUACGGCUUUUGAGGCGUCUGCUGGAGCAUCGCAGUACAUGGACAGAUCACCAGCGUCGUACACGGAAGGUGCCCUUGACUUCAGUAAUGUCAAGGUCGGAAAGUCAGUUGACUUCCAAGUGGACUUGGUUCCUGAAGGGAUCUUAGAUGUGGUAGACCAUUUCUUCUGCUGUACAACCUGUGGUAAGGUCUAUUGGGAAGGUAAACACUUUGCUAAGGUCUGUAAUCAGUUUGCACAUGUCUUGGACCGAGGUGAAGACAGGCAAGGCAAGCUGGAUGAUGGAGCCGUUACAGCAUGAGUACAAAGCCAUGGGACUUCACAAUGAUCAUAUGCAUGUUUAUCUUUCUCAAAGCUCGACAUAUUUCAGGAAUUAAGGCAAGAAGUGAAAGGACAGGCUGCAUGAUUGAGCUUUCAUAGCAUUAGUUUUAAUAGAGCUGUGGGACUACAUAUCGCAUGUAUGAUUGGCUAUCACAUGCUCAGUAUAGUUUUGCAUGAGUAAAAUGUAAACUAAUUAAAGCACUUUGAGUAAAUUCAUGAAGGGAUGUAGCUCCUUUUGGAGUUCAUUUGGAGGAGGUGUUCCUUUGUAAAGCAUGUGAACCUCCAGGUGGAUAUAAUUUAACGCAUUGUAGGCAUACUUUAAACACCAUUCCUAGAUAAUCAUCUAAUGUAGAUUUACUAAUCUGUCUAUCGAUCUAUGCCCCAUAGCUUGAAGGUCGCUCCGUUGGGACGACAGUGAAAUGAACCUUGAGACACAUGGUUUUCCAUAUUUUUCUGUCUUCAGCUGUUCUAUUUUAAUAGCUGCUCUUAGUUAGCUGCUCAAAUGAAAUUCCCGUCCACUGCUUGAUUUCAUCAGUCCAUGUUCUAGUUUUUUAUUUACUUAUACAGUAUAUAAAAAGGGAAUACUGUUAUAGUGUGCUAUAAGGUCACAAGAAAAUUAGCCCCAAUAUUAUUAAUUUUGCCACUUUAUGUUUGCGGUCUACUCAAUGUCACGGCUUAUUCCUGUACAUUCCAGUAAGGCCAGUAUCCUGUGCAUUUUAUACCACUGCCAAUGUGAACCCUUAAUACAUAUAGGCACAACCAAGAUUUUAUGAAUUUCUAUUGCAUUUAUUCUUCGAAAUUUAACUAAGCAUUUUUUAAUUUUGGAACAUUACUUGACUAAGGCUGCAUUCUCAGGUUAAAGUUUUCUUUGAAUCUAAUACAUCUCCAUACAUCUGCCUUUUAAUAGAAUGUCAGUAUUUUAUGAAUUAUUGUAUAACUAUCACAUUUGACAAUGAUUGAGGAUCAUGAAAUUACCUGUCGUAAUUGUUCUGUGGACUUUUUGUAACAUAGCUUAUGUUUAAUCAUGUGUGUUGUCCAUAUGGUCAUAAAUUUCUUGGUAUUUUGCUCAGGAAACAGCACACUUUACGAACAGCAAAAGACAGCUAACAAAGCUUUAUUUAUCUGAAAUUUUAGUGCAAGAAAAGAACCCUACUGUAUCUUUUGUAGCUGCUUUUAAUUUUGCACAAUCCCGACUUUCAUCAUUAGCCUUUUUUGUCUUUCCAUGAAUGUAUAUAUAUAUAUAUACAUGUAUAUGCCCUUUAAAGUCGAGUAUAUUUUAUCAUAGUCGGUCUACAUUUUGGCAAUUAUUAGUGGAAUUAUUGGUUAAUUAAAUACCAAAAUGAAAAAUGCAGUUGCAAGCAUCUAUAAUUCCUCAUGCUUUCAUUAUCUUAAAAUAUACAUGCUUAAUUGUGACAGUAAGUGAUAUACCACAUAUAUGCAAAUUUAUGCCGUCUACCAUAUGUAUAUGUGAUAAUUGUAUUGUUUAUGGCGAUUGGCUUUGAAUACAAAUAUAUGUCCAAGUCACCGUGCCUUAGGAUGUGUGAAUAUUAUGUUUUAAUGGUUUCCUUUCUCGUGUUACAGUAGUCUAUGGUGCCCAGAAUACGGGUGUUUCAAAAAUAUUAGGAGCCAAAUUGAGAUAUAUAAAGCUACAUUCUUCUCAGGUUCUAAAUUAUAUAUACUGUUGGUUCUGUGAAGAAUUUUUUUUUUCUUGAUGAUCACUUUUGAUUAUUAAUGUUUAGACAUGUCACAAGAGUAUUAAUUUGCCCACAACUCCUUUUUUCUUCAUUUUUAUGCCGUAUAUCAUCACAUCUUUGUCACAUCUCUGACCAUUUCAUUCUUAAUUUAAUUUAAUUUACCGGGUACUCGAUAUUCAGCUUUGGUAUACAACUGUUCUUCAUAUACAUGUUCACAAUGAAUAACAAAUUUCUACACAAAUUUAGAAGUUCUUUAGAUCAGUACCCUCAAAAUUCCUAAG